CAUUUUCAUACCUCAUAGGUAACAAUCUAAGCUGAGUAAAGAUGAGUCCCAGUCAAGUUGAUGAAUCUGUAACUAUGACAGAGGAAGCUCCCACUUUUGCUCCAUGUUUACCAGUACCCAAUGUUCAAGAAAUGGUGAGGAAGAAUCCUUUGCAGGUUCCUAAAAGAUAUGAAAGGAGUGAAGAAGAGAUGGAGAAAGAAAACUACAAGUCUCACCUUUCAUCUGAGAUCCCUAUAAUUGAUUUUUCACUACUCUCUGAUGGUAGCAAAGAGGAGUUAUUGAAACUGGACACAGCAUUGAAGGAGUGGGGUUUCUUUCAGGUAGUGAACCAUGGCAUCAAAACAGAACUGAUGCAGAGAAUGAAGGAAUUAACUGCUGAGUUUUUUGGACUUCCAGUAGAAGAGAAGAACAAGUAUGCAAUGCCUCCAGACGAUAUACAAGGUUAUGGACAUACUUCUGUAGUUUCUGAUGAGCAGAUACUUGACUGGUGUGAUCAACUGAUUUUCCUGGUUUACCCCACCAAGUUCAGGAAGCUUCAAUUUUGGCCAGAAACCCCAGAGGGAUUCAAGGACAUGAUAGAGGCAUACUCAAGUGAAAUUAAACGAGUUGGUGAAGAACUUAUCAGUUCUUUGUCUGUGAUUUUGGGGUUGCAGAAAGAUGAACUUCUUGGACUACACAAUGAAGUACUACAAGGCUUACGUGUCAACUAUUACCCUCCAUGCAGCACACCUGAGCAAGUAUGGGGGUUGAGUCCACACUCUGAUGCAAGCACCAUUUCCGUGGUUAUGCAAGAUGAUGAUGUAUCUGGGUUAGAAAUUCGAUACAAAGGAAGCUGGGUACCAGUGACUCCAGUACCAGAUGCUCUAGUGAUCAAUGUUGGAGAUGCAAUAGAGAUAUGGAGUAAUGGCAGAUACAAGAGUAUAGAACACAGAGCAUUGACAAAUCAGAACAAAAAAAGGACUUCUCAUGUAUCAUUUUUGUUCCCACGGGAUGAUGCGGAUAUUGGACCCUUUGAUCAUAUGAUAGAUGCUGAAAACCCCAGGCUGUACCAGACACUCAAGUAUGGAGAUUAUUUGAGGCACACACUGAAUAGGAAAUUGGAGGGAAAAACACAAACUGAUGCGGCAAAGAUAAAGGAAUAGAGGAAUUACAAAUUUAAGAGAAGGCCCAAUGAGAUAAAUUGAUUGGAGAAUGUUAGUUUAAACUUUAAAGUGAACCCUCUCGUAUUGCUUCUUUUUUCAUGUUGUCAACUGUGCUGUAUAAAGGGUAUGCAGCUCUUGCAUUAAAGCUCCUGCUAUGUGCAGAGUUCGAAAAAACACUCAAUCACUUGGUCUAUUAUAUGCAAUCUAUCCUAUUUUUUUAUGUAAAAGACUGUUUUUAAACUUGAACCUGUGACAUCAAUCACAUUGUCAAACGUGCUUGUAUAAUACUUAGUAAAUAAUUUAUACACUAGUUGAGUAGAGUCUCUACUAUGUGUUAGUGCUAGCCCAUGUCAUUGUAAUAUUUUUGUCAAGUAGUUCUGGGAAAAAAAUUCAGUACUAGUCUUCGAUCCUCCUUGCAAUCA